AUGUCAGAGGAGCAGAGCGACGCCCUGAAGCUGAGCCAUGAUUGGCUCUCAGUACAGGAAGUGGUGGAUGCCGUCAACAGCGCUUCCUGUGGAGCUGUUUCAGUGUUUAUAGGUACGACCCGUGAGGACGUGGUGGGCGGCGGCAGGAAGGUCAGCGCUCUGGUGUACGAGGCGUACGAGGCGAUGGCUCAGUCCGAGUUCUCUAAAGUGUGCGCUGACAUCAGGGAGCGAUGGCCGUCUGUGACGCACAUCUGUGCUCACCACAGACUGGGGUGUGUGAAAGUAGGCGAGGCCAGUGUUGUCAUGGCGAUCUCCUCUCCUCAUCGCCAUGACGGCCUGCAGGCGAUUCAGCACUGCAUCGAGCAGCUGAAGGCCAACGUCCCCAUCUGGAAAAAGGAAGUUUACGAUACAGAGGAAGUGAGCUGGAAGGAGAACUCUGAGUGUCCGUGGUCCAGUCACAGAAAACAUCAGUGCUGACGUUUGACAAUCAGCUGCUGGAAAUAAAGACUUUCUGAUAAAGGUUA